UAUUCACUUUGAUAUUGGGACCAAUGAUAGCUCUCGUCCUCCUAGGGAGCCUCCACAUAUUCCUCUCCACUGCCAGCGUGGAUGACAUUCCCCUCAAUCACUAUCCCAUGAUCAUGAGCCACGACGCCGGUAUGGGGUACACCGAGCCUUCCAAGGAUAAUAUCGUUCGAUGGUCUAAGAAUCAGGUUGGAGACCUGAGACGGCAAUUCGGAUGCGGCGCUCGGGCGUUCGACCUACGAGGGGCUUGCUCAGAUGACGGAGUCGUGCGUAUUCAUCAUGGCUUGUUCGUCAUCGAUACCCCCUUGCGGAAGGCCCUAGAGGAUCUUGUUGCAGUAGCGGGAGAGCAUCCAGAGGAGCUCAUUCUAGUACAGUAUCAGCAGUAUAUGCCGGACGACGAGUCGUGUCGAAGAGCAGUGUGGGAUGUGUCAGAAGGCCUAGGGCUUAUGAAGUCAGUUGGGGGUGGGGGCGAGUCCUGUGAGGUGUUACGUGGACUCACCGUGGGUCAGGCGAAGGAGUAUGGGCGCCUCGACAAUGGUGGUCACGUCUUCGUGUUCGAGGCUGGUCACGGCUGCACCCUCGGUCGAGGUGAUCUCAACUGCUACACCAAGCUCAAUGAUUCAGAGAGAUUCGCCUCUUGCCUGCUGGAGCCGGGCUCAUCAGGGCCGACCUCCAGAGUGAACGAGAUGGUCGAGACUCUGGUUGACCUGGCGUCAGUCUGCCCACCUGACGAUGGGAGGAUCCUAUCUACUGCUGGACAUUGGCAAUAUGACUUAGACCAAUUCACUGCUAUAUUACAGUAUCAUUCUAGCCUGCUCAUGGACGUCUACUUUUCUGACUUGCAUCAUUGGAUUGCUAAUAGGACCGGUGACAUGAACUACAUCGGCCUCCUUGGUCUUGACAACGUCUGCGAUAGAGGCACCGAGAUCUACAAAAAGUUGUCUCACAAAAUUGAGGACCUCUCGUCGACGUACGGGAUUCCCUGACUCGUCAGAAGGAGCUUCCCGAGUUUCCACUCUGUCCUCAGUUUGUCAUUUCUCACCCUAUUCUUUA